CACCAAAGCUUCACAAGGCAUCGUUCGCCCAUCCCUAGAUCUCGCCACGCCGCAGCUCUCCAGGAAGGUGGCGGAGCUGACCUGCCUUCAGGGGAGAAGCCAAUUGAUUUAUUAUGUGUUCGUGGUAAUCAAUCAGUAUAGAUCACAUUUCAGUCUUGCUAUUUGUGCAUAUAUCAAUCUGUCUUAUAUUAGACAUUAUAUGUCAUUCAUGCCAAUCCGGCUGGUGGCGGUAAAAGAUUGACCCAAACAUUAGAUCUUCAAAGCUGACGAAGAAGACGCACGGAACCCGGAUGGGAUGUUUUACUUUCAACAGAGGGUGGCGCGUUUUCUCCAUCCUGAUCUCUACCCUCCCCAUGCCUGUAUAAGUUUCAUUUUCCAAACAAGAAUAGCUGCACAACAAGAUGCUUCUGUGUUGAUGGGAGUUUUCCCUCGUCCCCCCUACUUUGAGAGACCCACCUCCCAUUCCGAGCUACAAUGAGCCUGGCUCUACACGAACUGCUGCUGUGUUGCAGGGGGUUGGAAAAUAACAAGGCUACAGAGAGAAAAAGGGAAGUUGAGACUUUCAAGAGGCUCAUUCGGUCCAGUGACACUGUGGAGGAGCUGGACCGGACCUCCGGUACCAGAGCAGCUCAAGGCUCCAGGCAGCUCACCUGGGAUGCUGUCUUCAGGUUUCUCCAGAAGUACCUUCAGAAGGAGACCGAGCUCCUCAAGGGUGCCAAGGCCAACGUGUCGGCCACCACGCUGACCAUCCGGCAGAGGAAGAUGCGGGAGAUCAGCAGCCUCGUCAAAUACUUCAUCCGCUCAGCCAACAAAAGUAAAUGA